CAUAAUCACAACAGUUCAUCUAGUGUUUAGACUACAACAAGCUGAGAUUACAAAGCCUUAACGUUGCGAAAAUUCUUUCUGUGUGCAAAAUGCAUAAAGUUAAAAAUAUUUAUAAUAAAUCUUUCUGCAAAAAUGGCAUGGCCUUUACCGAGGAUCACAUCGUAGUACGCUGCAUUCGUGUUAUUCAUGGCCGAGUUUCAGAAUAUGAUUUGGAGCAAUAUUUUCUUCAAUUCGGCUCUGUUGAAAAAUUCGAAAUAACCUAUAACCGCGAGGCCUACCGAUAUAAAAAACUCUUCAGAAGCUAUAUUCGUUUCGUCGAACCGGAAGCUGCAUUCAGGGCGCUGCGUAGUAAUAAGCAUUUUGUUAAUAAUAAUCGCAUAUUUGUUGAACCUGCAUAUAGCUGGCAACAACCUGAUAUGGAAAAGGCACGAAGCCAAGAAGAACAAGAAAAUGUUGCUAACCCGAAAGCAGCUUUAAAUAUAUUGCAAUUGCCAGAAUAUUGCAUAGAAGCUAUUUUAGAGAAAAUGAAACCAGGCGAUCAAAUACGACUGUCACGCACACACAAAGUAUUUCGAAAUAUUUUUGAAUCGUUCUGCAGAAGAAACUAUAAAAAAUUCAAUUUGGAUGAAAUGCACAACAUGACGUUGUGGGAGAUACGUGAUUUUUUAGAAAUAACAGGCAAAAAUUUGGUGAAAAUUAGUGGUUCCAUAAAUCACAAAUAUCGUGAGGAAAUAGUGGAUUUAUUAUCGAAACACUGUACGAAUUUGGAAAGUGUUACCCUGAAGGGCAUGAACGGAAUGGAUGGAGAAUGUCUAAACAACUUCCUGAGACUGUUGCCAGAUUUGCAGGAAUUAAAUGUAACGCGUUGCCCGUUGAACGAUAAAUCAAUUAAAAUAUUGACUGGCAGCAAAAAAUUACAUUCAUUGCACUUGUACGACGUUGCCAAUAUAAGAGGCGCACAGAUCAAGCAUCUACUCAAACUGGAGCAUCUCUCGCUCCACGGAUGUUUUAAGGUUCGACAACAGAAUGUAAAAACCAUAUGUAAAACGUUGAAAAACUUGCGUACACUUGAUAUACGCGGCUUAAACCUCGAAAUUGUCCCGAAUUUUUUCCAUGAAAUGUCUACGCUUUGCCAGAAACUUGAGGUGUUGAAAAUUACAUCAAAAGAGGACAAUAACGAGAGUGUGGCGUUAUUACCAUGCUUAAAACACCUCGAGGUCCAUUAUACUGAAUCCAAUAAGAUGAUGACACUACUGCCCAAACUGGUGCAAAACAAAGCGAAUCAACUGGAGGUACUGAAAAUAUACUCCAAACAAUGUCUAACCGCGGAACAUAUAAAAAUGAUAUCACGUUUGGAAAAAUUGAAAACACUUUCCAUCGCUUUUAGUGGCGAUGCAUUGUCUAAUCUCGGCUUAGCUCAGUUGGGUCAGUUGAAGCAACUGGAAGACUUGACGAUUGCCGGUAGCGCCAAAGUGACCAAUGACGGUUUGUUGAGAUUGCUGAGGUCAUGCCCGAAGCUGCACACAUUGAAUAUACAAUUUUGUAAACAAAUAACAAAUGAUUUCCUAGCAGAAGUCAUAUACAUGGCACGCUUUCGGGGACGAAAAUUCACCAUUUCCACUUAUGGUACGUCGGUGAUGGCAAACCGAAUUAGAAUGUGUCCAUCAUAUCAAUAUGUGGUGAGGCGUUCUCUUUUGACCAUCUUUCGUAGGCCUAGAGGACAUUGAAGACGUUCUUGUGCCUGUUUGAAUCUUCAAACAAUAGAUAUAUAUAAAAAUCGUAGAUGUAGAUUAUAUAUAAAUUUACAUAAGUAUUUUACUUCCAUGAAUU